UCACUGGUAAAUAAAGAAGUUAACAAUAAUAACAUUAACAAUAUUAAUAUGAAUAUUAUUAUUAAUUUUCAUGUCAAUAUUAAUUAUUAUUAACGAAGUCCAUCUGGCAAAAAGUGGCCGCCUGUUGCCGUGAUAGUAACUAACGAUAUUAGAAUGGAAAAAAGAUUCACUUCCUAAGACCAGAACAGAUUCUAAGUUGAAUAAGAAGUCUAAGAUACAAUGUAACAUUACAACAAAUUCUACUGUGACUAAAUAGUCUUUAGAAUCUUAUUAAAAUGCAGCAGAAAGCUUUUGGCUUGACUUGGACUUCUUUGAUACUGUCCUUAAUAAUAUUUGUAAUAAUCAAGACAUCAAAAUCUAACCAACUUGGAUACAAAGAUCAAUAUCUAGUUUCUAACACUUCUAGAACAGAUCAAGAUCUAGUAUUUGAUGAUUUCCUUGGAUUUGGACGUACUUUUGAUGGUGUUGGAGGACUUAGCGGUGGUGGGGCAACAUCCAAGCUUUUAGUCAACUAUCCAUUACAACAGCAAAAUGAGAUUCUGGACUUCUUGUUUAAGCCAAACUUUGGAGCAUCCCUUCAAAUCCUGAAAGUGGAAAUAGGGGGAGAUGUUCAAAGCACAGAUGGUACUGAGGCAUCACAUAUGCAUAAUGAUUGGGAUGAAAAUUAUGAAAGAGGCUAUGAAUGGUGGAUAAUGACAGAGGCUAAAAAGAGAAACCCAAAUAUCAAACUGUAUGGCCUGCCUUGGGGAUUUCCUGGUUGGAUAGGACAAGGCACACGAAGUCCAUUUGCAAAAGUGAAUGUUACUGCUGAUUACAUUGUUCGAUGGGUAAAUGGUGCCAAGACUCACUAUAAUUUAUCAAUAGAUUAUAUCGGAAUUUGGAAUGAAAAAAAAUAUGAUAUUACCUACAUCAAAGUACUCAGAGAAAUGCUUAAUCAAAGAGGAUUCCAAAAUGUCAUGAUAAUAGCUGCAGAUAAAAAAUGGGAAAUUGCAGUAGAUAUAGAACAAGAUCCAGUUUUAGCCAGUUCUGUACAUGCCAUAGGUUGCCAUUACCCAGGAACCUAUUCCACGCAGGAAGCGCUAAACACUAAUAAGCAACUGUGGUCCUCGGAAGAUUAUAGCACAUUUAAUGAUGAAGUUGGAGGCGGUUGCUGGGCAAGAAUUCUUAAUCAAAACUAUGUCAACGGCUUAAUGACAUCAACAAUCUCUUGGAAUCUCCUAGCAAGUUACUACCAAGGUCUUCCCUACUUUAGAGAUGGUUUAAUGACUGCUAUAAAUCCCUGGUCUGGCUAUUAUGAAGUUAAUACUCCAAUUUGGAUGACAGCUCAUACAACUCAAUUUACUUCUAUUGGAUGGAGAUAUUUAAAGCAUGAUAGUGGCGUAGGAAAAUUACCACAAGGUGGAUCUUAUGUUGGAUUGGUCAGCCCUGAUGGAACUGAUCUGACCAUUGUUAUUGAAACCAUGACCAGGAACCAUUCAAAAUGUAUCAGGCCCUAUCUACCCUAUUAUGAAGUUAAGCCACAGCAAGUUACUAUAACUCUUAAAGGAUCACUUGUUAAUGUCACUCAGUUAAAUGUCUGGUACAGUAAAUUAGGAUUUAAUAGUAGCCCAGAUAUAGUGUUUGAGAAGCAGAAACCUAUUCAGCUGAUUAAUGGACAUGCCCAAAUUAACUUAGGCUUAGAUGAAGUUGUAACCCUAACAACUUUAAUGCGAGGUCAGAAAGGUUAUUACCCUCAGCCACCUCAGCAGAAAUCUUUUCCUCUUCCAUAUUCGGAUAAUUUUGAAGCCUAUAGGAUUUCAGAAGAACCAUUCCUUCUGGUACCUCAGAUUGGUUCUUUAGAAAUCAUCAAAUCGCAAAGCCCAUUGCAUGGUCAAGUAGCCAGACAAACUAUUCUAUAUCCACCUAUUGAAUGGUGUCCAUUUAGUCUCAGUUUUCCUAUUGCAGUUAUUGGAAAUAUUUCAUGGUCUGAUUUGUUUAUUCAAAUUGAAUUUGAGAUUCCUGAAAUAAAUGGGACAACUGGUGUGUUCAUAGCCACCAGAGUGGAUACAGGUGGAUGCACAACAUUUAUAGCACAGGGCAUUUUUUUCUUUCUUCUUAAAGAUGGUAGCUAUAUAUUAGCUAAUGAUCUGGCUAGAACUAAGGUUUGGAAGCAAGGUCUUUUCAGAUAUCAGCCUGGAUUUCAUAAAGUAUCUCUACUCACUCAGGGCACUCAAGCAAUAGGAUUUUAUGAUGAUCAGCUGUUGUUUAAUACAACUGUCUCUGGCAAUCUUAGUCAAGGAUUUGCAGCUAUUGGGACAGAUAGCUUUGGUUGGGCCGACUUUGAUAAUCUUCUUUUAACUUCCCAAGCAGAUGGAAUAGCCAUUUUAAACAAGUAUCAUGAAAUAGUUUAAAAUAAGUCAGUUUAUUAAAUUUACAAUCCUGGA